CCCUCUUUCAUGGGGGUUGAUGAGAGAGAAGCAGAGAGUGUCUAGGUUCUCUUCACCUUCACUCUGUGGGGACCCCACUUCUUAAACCCUUUCCAUCCUUUUCGCUCUCAACCUUGAAAAAAAACCUACACUUUCAGCUUCGGACACACUUCCUUCAACUCUCUCUCUCUCUCUCUCUCUCUCUCUCUCGCAUCCUAUCACAUCACAUCUUAACGCUAUAUCUCUCUCUUUGAUCUUUGUUAGAAAAGAGAGGGAGGGAGAGAGGGAACUUCUGCUUAUGACAAGAAAACAAAGAAAACGGAAGAUCUUUUCUUGCUCUUCUUCUUCUUUGUGAGAGUGAUUGAUAGCUCAUACAGCAACAAUAUCUGAGAAUCUUUUUUUUUUCUUUUUUUUAACAGUGAUUUGAAAAGCUGAGACAUUUUGAUCUGGGUUUUAUUAAUAUACCACAAAGGGAGUAGUUGGUUUUGGCGUGGACAGGUGGUUUUGAUUCAAGAGGGAACAAGGUGUAUUCUUUUUACCUUCUUUUAUUUGGUCCGCUCUUCAUUUCUGAUCCCUCCUUUUAUACUCCAAAGUGAUAGAUAGAUAGAUAUUUGUUUUCAAUUUAGAAUUUAGAAUUUUGGUUUUUUUUUUUGUUACUUUUGUUGUAUGGCUAUCUAAAUAAUUGGAGCAAUGGAGAGAUGAGCAGUGGUAGGGAAAUGUGCUAAAGACUACUGGUGGUGGAAAAAGAUUAUAGUUGUCUGAUUUCUUUUUCUUGGGAUCUGUAAGAUCUUGAAUUUUAGUUGAUCUUGUUGUUGAUUUUUAGUGUAAAAUUCAGAUUGGUAUGUUAAAUCUUGAAGUGUUGGGCAUGGCUUUUUAGUUCAUGGAAUGUAUGUUCAUGCUUGGGGUUGUAGAGAUAUAGUUCAAGUAGUUUUCUUUCAUUUUUUAUUUUUGUUUAUUAGGAAAUACUAGAGAUUUGUAAGAAUUGAAUUAGGGCAGAGACAAGAAUGCAUUAGGCCAGUGUUCAUUUGGUUGCAAUGUUAAGAGCAUUAGCUCCUAGAUUCUUGUUGAUUUCAUAUCUAGUGAUCUUGGUCUCUGCCAGUGACAAUGACUUUGUAAAUUGUAAUUGCGAUGAUGAGGGUUUUUGGAGUAUACACAACAUUCUAGAAUGUCAGAGAGUGAGUGAUUUUUUGAUUGCAGUUGCCUAUUUUUCGAUACCAAUUGAACUUCUUUACUUUGUUAGCUGCUCCAACUUUCCUUUCAAAUGGGUCCUUCUUCAGUUUAUAGCGUUCAUAGUCCUUUGUGGGCUGACGCAUUUGCUCAAUGCAUGGACUUAUUAUGGACCGCACUCAUUCCAGCUGAUACUGUCCCUCACCAUUGCCAAGUUCCUCACAGCAUUAGUUUCAUGUGCAACUGCCAUAACCCUUUUAACUUUGAUUCCACUUCUUCUCAAAUGGAAAGUGAGGGAGCUUUUCUUAAAGCAAAAUGUGUUGGAAUUAGAUCAAGAGGUUGGGAUGAUGAAGAAGCAAAAGGAAGCCAGUUGGCAUGUUAGAAUGCUAACCCAAGAAAUUAGGAAGUCGCUUGACAAGCAUAUGAUAUUGUAUACCACUCUAGUUGAGCUUUCUAAGACUUUAGACUUGCAAAAUUGUGCUGUAUGGAUGCCAAACGAGAAUAGAAAGGAGUUCCAUCUCACCCAUGAGCUGAAAACUAAUUCAAAAAAUUAUCCUCUUUCUAUCUCUGUUAAUGACCCGGAAGUGUUAGAAAUACAAGGUAGCAAGGGGGUCAAGGUUUUGAGGCCUGAUUCGGCACUUGCGGCUUCAAGUGGUGGAGGUUCAGAGGAGUCAGGUGCUGUCGCAGCAAUCCGGAUGCCAAUGCUACAGGUUUCAAAUUUCAAAGGGGGGACACCUGAAUUAGUGGAUACUUGUUAUGCUAUACUGGUUUUGGUUCUUCCAAGUAUGAGUUCUAGAGGUUGGAGCUAUGAGGAAAUGGAAAUAGUGGAAGUAGUUGCUGAUCAGGUAGCUGUGGCAUUGUCUCAUGCAGCAGUUCUAGAAGAAUCACGAGUAAUGAGAGACAAGCUUAGUGAGCAGAAUCAUGCGUUGCAACAGGCUAGGAAGAAUGCAAUGAUGGCGAGCCUGGCAAGGAACUCAUUUCAAAAAGUGAUGAGCCAUGGGUUGAGGAGACCGAUGCACUCAAUCUUGGGCCUGCUUUCUAUGUUCCAAAAUGAGAAUAUGGGAUUCGAGCAAAGGAUUGUUAUUGACACAUUGGUGAAAACCAGCAACGUUCUUUCAACUUUGAUUAAUGAUGUGAUGGAAAUUUCAGCAGAAGAUACUGGAAGGUUCCCUUUAGAGAUGAGGCCCUUUCGUCUACAAUCCAUGAUCAAGGAAGCUUCUUGCCUUGCCAAGUGCUUGUGUGUGUAUAAAGGUUUUGGGUUUGAACUUGAUGUUCAGAGUUCUUUGCCUGAUUUAGUGAUAGGAGAUGAAAGAAGGGCCUUUCAAGUUAUUUUACACAUGAUUGGAUAUCUAUUAAACAUCUAUGAUGGUGGGGGAAAUGUUAUAUUUCAGGUUUCUUCAGAGAAUGGCAGUGAGGGCAAGACAGAUAGAAUGUUGGGGAUGUGGAAACCAAAUGCUCCAGAUGAGUUUGUAUGUAUAAAGUUUGACAUGGAGAUCAGUGAGGGAAGUUCUCUCUCAGAUGUAGCUAGCUCAACGACAAACUCUUCUGGUAAAAGGCAAAACAGUGCUAGAGUUAAGGAGGGCCUGAGCUUCAGCAUGUGCAAAAGGCUUGUACAGAUGAUGCAAGGUAAUAUCUGGAUAUCUUUGAACCCUCUGGGUUUUGCACAAGGCAUGACUCUGGUUCUCUGGUUUCAAAUUCGGCCAUCUUAUGGAAGAGCCAUAUUUUCCCUGGGAACUUCCUCACAACAACCAAAUUCCAAUUCUCAGUUCAGAGGCCUUAGUGUUAUACUUGCUGAUGAUGAUCAUGUAAAUAGGACCGUGACCAAGAAGCUACUUGAGAAGUUAGGCUGUGAAGUGACUGCUGUUUCAUCUGGGUUUGAAUGCCUUAGUGCUCUUAGCUCUGCUGAAAACUCUUUCAUACUAGUUGUUUUGGAUCUUCAAAUGCCAGAAAUGGAUGGUUUCGAAGUGGCAACACGAAUCCGGAAGUUUCGAAGUCGUAAUUGGCCAUUGAUUAUAGCUGUGACUGCCAGUGCCGAGGAUAAUGUUUGGGAGAGAUGCCUACAAAUGGGAAUGAAUGGAGUGAUUCGAAAACCUGUUCUCUUACAAGGGAUGGCAGAUGAGCUUCGAAGAGUUCUGCAGAGGGCUGGUGAAGGGUUGUGAAAAUAAGUUGUAAAGAUGAUCAGACAUUGGUUCAUAGAACAAUCGUUCAGGGUUCUUCAGUCAGCUCUUCAUCAAAAUCCAGCAUUGGGAUGUUUAACGUAACGUUAUACUUCAUUUACACACAGUGUAAACUUCUACUUUUUUCUAACCAUUUUCCUUGUCGAGCUCAAUGGCUAGAAUUUCAUAGAAUGGAUAAUGAGAAAUAACAUUAUUUUGAUGUCUCCUCAUGAGAAAUAACAUUUCUAUAUAACAGUAAAAGGAACUAGAAUAUGAUUCACAGAAGUGAAAUAAUACAGAUAGAUUGAACUUUCCACA